AAUACCAUACCAACCAUAAAAAAAAACAUGAAGUUAGCCUACUUUUCAAAUGGGUAAGCGGUCAGCGGUGUAUCAAGGCUAGCAUACUGAAUCAUGGGAAAACACGGUGCCCGAUCAAAGAAUGUACUUGCUCCACAGGCAGACCUAUAUCGGUGACAUACGUUUAUCUAAAUUGUGUUUUAGUUAUUUUGCUUUAUCUAACCACUUUACGUGUGUUUGACCAAAGUCAUAUUUUCGCGUCUUGCUAAAGGCGUCUGUGUGUCCUACUUAACUCUCCGCCUCUUAGUCCUCCCCUCAGUCCUGCCGUUGCCACUGAAGUUACCAUUAGCAACUGGGCAGCGCCCCGGCUGAGCACCUUCAAUCGCUGUUGAUGUUGUCGUUAAAUACAGUAGGUACAGUAAGCUCUCCUUGAUUUCCAGACACAGUCAAGGCCUUGACAGGCAAGGGAAUCGUAGGCUGUUGGAAUGUUGGUGAGGCUGGCCAUGGUUAACACGUAAGUUUGCAGUGAGUGGCACUGUCAUGUUGCCAGGAGUCGGUGUAUUUGGCACGGGUAGCACAGCCAGAGUGCUGGUCCCGUUGUUGAAAGCUGAAGGCUUUGAGGUUCAUGCACUCUGGGGGCGAAGCGAAGAGGAAGCAUGCUGCUUAGCAAAGGAGCAUGGCAUCCCAUUUCACACCAGCCGAUCUGAUGACGUCCUGCUGCACCAAGAUGUCGACCUGGUUUGCAUCUAUAUUCCACCCUCAAUGACAAGGCAAAUUGCUGUCAAAGCACUGGGUAUAGGUAAGAAUGUUGUGUGUGAGAAGGCUGCAACAGCUGUGGAUUCAUUCAAGAUGGUGACUGCUGCCAGAUACUACCCACAGCUGCUCAGCAUUAUGGGUAAUACCCUGCGCUUCCUGCCAGCUUUUGUGGCAAUGCGCCAGCUGCUGAUGGAGGGAUAUGUUGGCGAAAUGCAGGUGUGUGAUGUCAGAGUCUAUGGCCCCAGCCUCCUGGAUCAGUCGUACGGCUGGACAUGUGAGGAGUUGAUGGGAGGAGGCGGUCUGCACACUGCCGGAUCGUCCAUCAUUGACCUUUUAAGUUACCUAACCGGGGCAAGAGCCCAUCGUGUUCAUGGCUUGCUGCGGACUUUUGUACAACAAAAUGGUUUGAUCCGAGGCAUUCGCCGCGUCACCAGCGAUGAUUUUUGCUUCUUCCAAAUGUUGAUGGGUGGUACCGGCUCUAGCUCUGGUGGUGUGUGUUGCACUGUGACCCUGAAUUUCAACAUGCCAGGGUCAUUUGUGCACGAGGUUAUGGUAGUUGGAUCCACUGGAAGACUGGUUGCCAGGGGAACAGAGCUGUAUGGUCAACGCAAUGGGAGUAAAGGUGAGGAGCUGUUGCUAAGCGACAGUGGGUCGGCAGGACCAGAGGUAAAAGAGAUGCCCCUGCCUCACCUGCGGGGGCUGAGCUCCAUGGUAAAGGCACUGAGACAGUCUUUUCAGGCUCACGAGGAGCGCAGGUCAUGGGCGCGAGGAUCGGUUGCCAUGGCACCAACAUUUGAGGAUGGUCUGUAUGUGCAGACGGUGGUUGAGGCGGUGAAACGGUCCAGCUGUAGUGGUGAAUGGGAGUGUGUUGAGAUCAUGAGUCAGGAGCCAGAUCCAAAUCACAACCUGUGUGAGGCUCUGCAGAGAAAUAAGAACUGAAUAUAUUUAUACAGCCAGUGCAACUACUACAUGUGUCUGACAAAACUGGGCUCUGAAUGUUUUACCUUUAAUUCAGCUGCUGAGGCAGUUUACAUUACUCAUGACUACUUUUUGCAUUUUCACAUUCUGUCCUAUUUUGAGCAGAAUAUUUUCCUUUAGAAAACAUAACUGUUUUUACACUAAAUGUGUUAACCACAGCUCCAUUAUUCUGAUUCUCAACAUAAAAUAUUAUAAUAGCUGUGUCAAAAUCUACCUGUGCCCCAUUUACACGUUUUAUAACCUGUACCAUGCCAAAAAGUAGACACAGUCUUUAUUCUUACUGAAGCUUGAAGUCAUGGAGUCAUGACUGCAAAUGUCUGGCAAAAUAAGGUUGUUAUGCGAUACUUGUCAGCAAGGCACCACCAAUGUCAAAUAUUGGCUAAGUUCCUUGUGUAAAAAAAAACAAAACAACCUUUCAGCAAAUGUCUGACCAUUUCCUUUUAUCCUAACUUUAAGCAGCAAGUGUGGAUAUGUUUCUGUUUCUGUGUUUUUUUUUUUUUUUUUUUUGGAAACAUGCAGUUUGUUGUAUUUCACUGAUAAUCAGAGAUAGAUCAAAUAGCUUAUACUUCAUUCUUGUGAUAAGGUAAGACCGCAGCUCUUCCUGAUGUACUGUAUACCAGAACUUUUUUAAUAUUUCCUUUUUUUUUCUUUUUUUUAGUUUUUUCAUGUCAAGUCAUCAUACCAUCAGUAGUUAAAGUGUUUGCCAGAGUUGAAGAUUACAGUAGACUAUUUUGUUGAACUAGGCAUCAGCACUAUUGAAACAAAGUGGUGCACAAGCAUCCCAGUUUUGGGUCAUGACCCGUUGUUGAGCCAAGCUGUAAAUUAAUUAAUUAAUUAAAAGCCAAUGUACAGUCCAAUCUAGAAAACAUUUGAAUCUCUAUUGUUCAUAACAUUUCGAUGUAUUUUGGUGUUAAUUUAUUCCCAACGCGAAUAGCACCUUAUUCUGAAAGGAAGGUUUUAGCUCGGACAUGAAUGUGAAUAUCAAAGCUCGAGGAUGAUUUGACUAACAAAACACUUUCGUUGUUUGCAGUGUGGCGAAUGGCAGAAUGCAAAUGAUGCUCCGUUGGAGCACAGCCUUUGUAAAAUUCAGAAUAAGAAUAAUGGAGCUGUGCAGAGUUUAGUUUUUAUUUAAUUUAUAUUUUUUUGGAGUGUGUAAUAAUAAGCAUACAUUUAAAGAUUGCAAGAGGGGCUUGUAGGUUUUUAUGUUAUGACAUGCCAUGGCAUACAUACGAUACCAGGGAUUGAGUAAAAUAAGCUAUAUAGAAAACUGAAUAAUGAAAAGUCUUAAUUUGUAGCAUUGCCCCUAAAAAUGCCCAAUUCUAUAGAGUUACUCAAUCUUAAAUCUUAAUUUUGAGUAUCUCUCACACCCUUAUGUAGGAAAACUGUGAAAAGUCUCCUUCACAGACAAAGCAGCUAUAGUGAGCUGGAAUUCAUGACUGCUAUAGUGGAUUUCAGCAGUGACAUGUUUUCAUAGUGGCGGAAAAGGUAUCUAAACAUCUAAUUUCAAACCACUCCUGCAUCAUCCAUAUGUUCAGUACAUUCUGUAAUAAUUUUAUCAAAAUAUACUACUUGAAGAAGUUUUAAUGAGGAUGAUAGCGCAACAUUAGUCUGGUUUACUUAUACUGCUAGGAGACGUGCCAGAUUUCAGGCUGUCACCUUCUCUUUCCGCUAUCUAUUUUGCAAGGACACCCGGGGCUUAGCGCCGCCGAAGACGAUAUUGAUUGAUUUAAAAAAAUAAAUAAAAAAACAAGCCAGAGCAUUUUUUUCCCCCCUCUAUUAGAACGUUAACUCAUGCAGCCAGACCAUACUCCAGCAAUGUGUUGUGAGUAAUAUUUUGGGUAAACGCUGGCUGGAACAAACAUAUGGAAAGACAGAGGGAAAGUGGAUUAUGCCUCAGAGAAAGGGAUUAAUAGAUAUGUUUGGUACUUUUUUUUUUUUUUUUCCCCCACUGAAACCUCACCAAUGGUAAUCUAUUCAACCAUAGAAACUGACUUUGAAGAAGGAAACUACCACCUUUUAACAGCCACCUGUCAAGUUUCCACAGGAUGAGCGUUUGAUGCUUAAAUUAUAGAUUUUAGGUGAAGUAUCACAUUAUUUGACAUUAACAGAAACCGGCUUGUCCUAGAAAUUACAGAUUAGUGACCUUUUAUUGUUAAACUGUCAGAAGUUUUAGGGUAUUUGACUACUAAAUUUAGUUUAAAAAUGUGUGAAAGGUUUGUAUACAUGUGUUAACCAUUGAAGUAAAUGUAUGCUUUUACAAGAUUUUGCUUCAUGCAAUCUAUGCAUAUAAAGUUAUUACAAAUGUUUAAAUCCCGAGAGUGGAGCCACGAUCCACCCCCGUACACCAUUCAUCCCUAAACAUUACAGGGCUUUUCGUUGAGUAGAACCACUGGAUCUGACAUGCGCAAGAGUAUAAAUGUGUGCCUCUCUAACUUGCUAAGACCAAAAGAAGUUUACGGUUGUUGUAGUCACUCACUGCAUCUGAGUACUGCUGAAUAUCCUGAAUAAUAUUGGGCCUCAGCGCUCCUACAGCUUAGACAGGAGAUGAAGACGAAAGAAGUGUGCUGGUUUGAUUUGAUUGGCCUGUUCCCUUCUUAGACUCACGCAGGAUCUGCAAAUAAGGAAACCUACAUGUUACACGCUUACCUCACGCUAUCCUAACAGUGCUUUACAAAAACAAUUAAUAAAGUUUACAUUAAGUGUAUUAUUUUUCCCAUUUGCCUGCAGGACGUUCCAUAACCCACCACUAACUACUUAAAAUACAUUCCAACUGAGUUUUCACCUUAUUUUUUGUUUUUUUGCACUGAUAAAAUGCCACAUAUUUAAUAUGCAGUGUGAUGCUUGUACCAGCCGGCUCACUGUAAAACUGAAUUUAACGUGUCUGUAUAAGGAAGCCUUUUUGUAUUUAUUUAUGUCUUGGUGUGGAGAAAGUUUCCCAUUGUUUAUUCUGUUCAGUGUUUGGGUUUUCAGCCUGUGAAUCUCUUGUUAAAAUAUUUAACUUGUUUAGAUUUAGUGUUGUUUUAAUUGAUAAUAUGGCUUUUUGAGCACAAUGUGUUGCAUUUAAGUUGGGAAACUGUACUGUUCAUCUGCCUGGCGGAUAUUCCCCUAAAUAAAUACAGUUGUAUUCA